AUGAACCUUCCUAUUUUCCAAGGAAUAUCUUGGAGCUUUAUUGAAACUAUUAAGUCUUCUAUGUGUUGGGCAAAACAAUAUUUUUCUACUCAUAAGAGGGACCUGUCUAAUCACAUUGAAGCGGUUCAUGAUUCUUCUAUGAUUGGUAAUUGGAUCCAUUUGUUCAUUGAUGGAGCUGUUAAGUUGGAUGCAGGAUUUGCAACUUCUGGAGAGAUAGCGUGUAAGCAAGAAGGGGAAUGGAUCAUUGGAUUCAAUCACUACUUGAGAUUAUGCUCAGUCUUCGAUGCUAAACUUUGGGUUGUUCUAGAUGGUUUUACCCUCACCCAUGAAAGGGGAUGUCAAAAAGUUGUGAUUCAUAUAGAUAAUUUGGAAGUAGUCAAAGCUAUUCAAAUUGCUCAUUUGGCAGAUUCAUUUUCAGCAUUGUUACGAAGAAUCCACAUGAGUUACAAGCUAUACAACAUUGGAAGAUAA